AUGCUCCAGGUGGUGGUGCUAAAGAUUGAGGAUCCAGGUUGCUUUUGGGUGAUUAUAAAAGGGUGUAGUCCCUUUUUAGAUCAUGAAGUUGACUAUCAAAACCUUAAUAGAGCCAUGAAUGACUUCUAUAAUACCAUGAGUCAAGACAUCGAAAUAAAACCAUUAAUGUUGGAGGAAGGGCAGGUGUGUGUGGUUUACUGUCAGGAGCUCAGGUGCUGGUGCCGGGCUGUGAUUAAGUCUAUCGUGUCCUCGGCAGACCAUUACCUGGCAGAGUGUUUCCUUGUGGAUUUUGCCAAGUACAUUCCAGUGAAGUUGAAAAAUGUCCGAGUUGCAGUAGAAACUUUUAUGCAGCUUCCCUAUAGAGCGAAAAAAUUCAGACUGUACUGCACAAAGCCUGUUACCUUACAUGUUGACUUCUGCGAAGACAGUGCUAAGAUUGUACGCGCCAAGAAGUGGGAUAGUGCAGCCAUUCAGUACUUUCAGAGCAUUCUAAAAGCAACUACCCAGGUGGAAGCCAAAUUAUGUGCUGUGGAAGAAGAUACUUUUGAGGUUUACCUUUAUGUAACUAUAAGAAAUGAAAAAGUUUGUGUUAAUGAUGAUCUGGUUGCAAAGAACUUCGCCUGUUAUGUGUCACCCAUGGAGAAUAAAAACCUUGAUUCUUCAGAGAAGCCAGGCUUGAAUAUAAAGUCAGCACCCCUUACCAAUAAACUCAACCCAGCACUUGCUCUUUGGCCAAUGUUUUUGCAAGGAAAUGACUCUCAAGGAAUGGAAAAUAAAACUAUAAAAUGUAAAACGGAUUCCUUGAGUGGUUCACCUACAAAAAAGUCUGAAGAGAAACAACAGUGCAUCUCUUUAAAAGAUGUAAAUAAGUGUGUUGAAUCUUCAGUGUACUGGCCAGCAAAAAGAGGCAUAACCAUAUAUGCUGAUCCAGAUAUACCAGCGCCCAGUGCUUUACAUGAGAAGUCAAAUGAGAAACCACUCAGACUGGCUGAGAAGAAAGAACGCAGUGAGAAGAAUGGCUGUGUAAAAUUGUUGCAGUUUUUAAAUCCUGAUUCUCUGAGAACUGACGGAAUCUCUGAUCUGCAACAGUUGCAGAAGCUGAAGGCAGGCACGCAGCCGCCCUCUGCUGUGCUCCGGAGCAGGGUGGAGCCUUGCCUCUCCAUCGACACGUCGCCGCUGUCGGCUGGCCUAAAAAAGGCUCUUCAAAGAAAUAAGUUUCUGGGACCUAGCCACACUGAAUCUUACUCUUGGCCUCCCAUAGCACGUGGCUGUGACGUGGUUGUCAUUUCUCAGUGUGGAAAUGACCCUUUGUUGUACCUUCCACCAGUGCUUACGAUUUUGCAGACAGGGGGCUGCUACAAGUCAUUACCAAGUAGAAACGGACCUCUGGCAGUCAUCGUGUGUCCUGGGUGGAGAAAGGCCCAAUUUAUUUUUGAAUUAUUGGGAGAGUAUAGCGUGUCCUCCAGGCCUCUUCAUCCUAUGGUGUUAACCAUUGGACUCCACAAAGACGAAGCCAAAAAUGUGAAGCUUCCAAGGGGUUGUGAUAUAAUUGUUACAACACCACAUAGCCUCUUGAGACUUCUCAAAUAUCAAAGCUUGUUAUUUCUUAGACUCUGCCACCUCAUUUUGGAUGAGGCGGAAGUACUGCUCUCUGAAGCUAAUGAACAAGUGUUUGCUAUACUAGACCACUUUAAAAAAAAUACUGAAGUUGAAGAAAGGGAAUCCGCACCACACCAGAUUGUUGCAGCUGGGGUUCGCUGGAGCAGGCGCCUGGAGCACGUCAUCAGGGAGUUCAUGACCGAGCCCUACGUCGUCAUCACCGCCAUGGAGGAGGCCGCGCUCUACGGCAGCGUCCAGCAGGUUGUACAUCUUUGCCUAGAAAGUGAAAAGACUUCUACUUUACUCCAGGCUCUUGAUUUCAUCCCCAGUCAGGCACAGAAGACCUUGAUCUUUACCUGUUCUGUAGCCGAAACUGAAACAGUGUGUAAGGUAGUAGAAAGCUGUUCAGUAUUUUGCUUGAAAAUGCAUAAAGAAAUGGUUUUUGAUUUAAAAAGUGUAUUAGAACAGUGGAACAAGAAGUUAAGUUCUGGCUCUCACAUUGUAUUAGCCCUGACCGACGACUGCACGCCCCUCUCAGCCAUCACCGACGCCACGUGUGUCAUCCACUUCACCUUCCCUGCCUCGCCCAGAAUUUUUGGUGAACGCCUGUAUUGCAUGUCUGAUCAUUUUCAGAGUUUAACUGAACAGGGUUCUCCUGCAAAACAGGGAGAUACAAAAACCAGAUCUGUCUUGCUGCUGACGGAGAGGAGCGCAGGCCAUGCUGUUGGAGUUCUGCGCUACUUGGAGAGAGCAGACGCCAAGAUCCCGUCGGAGCUGUAUCAGUUUACUGCAGGGGUUCUCGAAGCUAAGGAAGAGAAAAAAGCCAGAAGGCCUCUUUGUCCAUGUCUUAAGGCUUUUGGAUUUUGCAAAGACAAAAGGAUUUGUCCUGAUCGACACCAUGUUAAUCCAGAAAUAGACAUGCCAAGGAAAUUAUCUGAUCAGGCUAUACCAACAUUUGGAUACAUUAAAAUAAUACCCUUUUAUAUUGUGAAUGCGACAAAUUACUUUGGUCGUAUACUUGAUAAACAUGUGGAUCUUUAUGCAACUCUUAAUGCUGAAAUGAAGGAGUAUUUUGAGGAUGCCAGUAAUAAAACACCUGUUGAACAGGUGGAGAAAUUUGGACUAUAUGGAUUAGCAGAAAAAACACUUUUUUACAGAGUUCAAGUGCUGGAAGUGGGCCAGGGAGAAGACCACUGGGCCCUGGAUAAAAUCCUGGUGAAGUUUAUAGACGAAGGCAGGACUGGACUCGUCACCAGAGAUCAGCUGCUGCGUCUCCCAGACAGUUUCCGCCCCCUGCCCCCCCAGGCAGUGGAGUUCAUUGUCUGUAGAGUGAAACCUGCUGAUGGUGAAAUUGAAUGGAAUCCAAAGGUUACUAGGUACAUUCAUCACAAAAUUAUUGGAAAGUUGCACGAUGCAAAAGUGAUACUGGUUUUAGGAAAUACAGUUUGGAUUGAUCCAAUGGUGCACGUCACAAAACUUUUAAAUUUGAAAACUUCUGUCAUUGAUUACAAUGUUCGAGGUGAAAUUUUGUCAAUGGGAAUGGGCGUUGAUAAUCCAGAACAUGUAGAACAACUGAAGAAAUUAUACAAAGGAGCUAAAAUGCCAACUGUCGAAGAAAGCCUAAGCCAGACCCUGUAA